AUGUACGAUAUAAUGGUGGUCCUGACCUUUCUCGUGGUCUUGAUUGCAGGCGUAUUCGGCUUUGUGCCUGAAAAGGGUGGCUUGCAAUACGAACGCCUGGUAAGCAAUGGUUGUCAUAUUGAACGUUCAACGGUGCUAACUAUCCUACUUUCACAGACUAACCCGAUCCCACUAACUCAUGACCUCAGAGAUUCGCAAGCUGUCAAUCGGGCAGCAACCAAUUCGUGGUGGUCAUCAUCCUUCGUCCACGCAUCAGACGACCAUGAAUACUUGAUCGUUGCCCACGUCGUUUUGCGGGAUCUGAAUGUCUCGACAGCGCUACUGCGUGCCUCUACCCUAGACAUCAAUGACACAGAAUAUUACCGACAGGUCAGUUGGCUAUACAACGGAUCUAGUAGGCCUCUUCACGCACACAAUGAGCCUCCUGGCGUGGCUACGAAAUAUUUCGGAUUUGUGUCUGUGGAUCCAGACAAUCCUCUGGACAGAAUGCGUAUUUGGUGUAUCACUGAGCGCGUUGAGUUGAACCUCACCUUUCAGUUGUCUGCUCCUGUCAUCUUGAAUGGAGGUACUGGGACAUUUCCGUUUGGCGAUGAGGCUACGUUUCAAUGGUCAAUGCCUGCCGGGAUUACCGAUGGUCAUUUUACUGUCAAUAGAAAGUUUCUCACUAUUGACUCUGCUCGCUCUUUGACCUGGUACGAUCGUCAACUCAUGUGGCCGACGAGUGGACCGUCGAAAUCGAACUGGACGUGGUUUGAAAUACACCUCAGUGAGCAGACAAUGUCUAUCUGGGCUUGGGAUACCGUUGAUGGACAGCGCGUCCGGUUUGCAACGGUCAGGGGUGAGCCAGGAAUACACCAAGUGCUUGCCGUCACUGAGUUCACACCGUCAAGCCGCCAGUGGACUUCCCCCUGUUCUAAGGCUAGCUAUUCUCUUGAUUGGGUUGUGGCUCUGGCUGAUGGAACAACGCUGGAACUAUCCAGUGUUCGCGAUGACCAAGAGUUGUGCGACGAGGAAGGAACUAUUGCAACGUAUGAAGGAUACCUUAACGUGGCCGGCACCCGGGGUGGCCACCCUAUUUCCGCGUACGGGUUGGUUGAGAUAGUGCCAGCAGGCAUGAUAAAGAAGCCAAGUUGA